AUGGCUACUAACGCUGCUGCAAAUAUCGCUCAAAAGCAGAUGGGAGAAGUUCCUGUCAAUGUCGCAAACCAAGACAAGCAACAAUCAUCUAACAAUACUGAAAUGUUGGCUUGCUGCUACGCAGGCAAACAAAAGUUUGAAUUGAGAAAAGUACCCAAGCCUGAAUUGACUGAUGAUGAAGAUGUCAUCAUCAAGGUUACAGGAAGCACAGUCUGUGGUUCUGAUUUGCACUUAUAUCAUGGUGAGAUCAUGCAACUCAAGGAUGGUGAUAUUAUGGGUCAUGAAUGCAUGGGCAUCGUUGAGAAAAUUGGCCCCAAGGUAACCAAUGUCAAGCCUGGUGACAGAGUCGUCGCUGCCUUUAACAUCGCUUGUGGCAAAUGUGAAUACUGCUCCAAGAAGCUGUUCACUGGCUGUGAAGCUACCAACAAUAGCUCUGUUAUGCAAAAGCUCUAUGGACACCGCAUUGCUGGAGUCAUGGGCUAUUCCCACUUCUUGGGUGGCUUCUCUGGUGCUCAGGCUGAAUACUGUCGUGUCUUGUUUGGCAAUACCAACCUUAUCAAAAUCCCUGACAGUGUCCCUGAUGAGAAGGCUUUAUUCUUGUCUGACAUUGUUCCUACAUCUUAUCAUGCUGUCUGGGAGGCGGGCGUCAAGGAAGGCGAUGUCGUUGGAGUCUGGGGUCUUGGUCCAAUUGGUCUCUGUGUUGUUCAAUGGUUACGAAACAUCUUUAAAGCUAGUCGUAUCAUUGUUGUUGACAACGUUCCUGAACGUCUUGCUCUUGCCAAGGAGAAGUGGGGAGUUGAAACUAUCAAUUUUGACAAGGACUCUGAUGUAGUUGCCAAAAUUUUUGAAAUUGAGCCCAAUGGUCUUGAUCGCUCUAUUGACUGUGCUGGUUUCCGUUAUGCCAAAAGUUUCCUUCACAAGGUGGAACGUGCUAUUGGAGCAGAAACUGAUACUAGUGAGGUUAUCAAUGAAAUGAUUCGUGCCACCAAAAAGUUUGGCACCAUUGCCAUCAUUGCUGACUAUGCUGCUUAUACAAAUCACCUCUUGAUUGGUGGCAUCAUGGAGAAGGGUAUUCGUCUCAUCGGCUGUGGCCAAGCACCUAUUCAACGCCAUUGGGAAAAGUGUUUGGAGCACAUUCAAAAGGGUGAAUUUGAUCCUACUGCUGUCUUGACACAUCGAUUCGACCUUCAGCAAAUUGUCGAGGUCUAUCGUCGCUUUAAUAACAAGGAGGGUGGUAUCAUGAAGACCUUUAUUCAAACCAAGUUUAGCAAGCCACCUUCUCCUGGUACUCCUGCCUUGACCAAUGUCGAGGAUGCCUAA